GAGCUAGAGAACUGCUCCCCCCGCUUUCCUACAAUGAGCUUCUGCUCGGCGAGAAAGGGGAGGGCAGAGAGAAGGAAGGUGGGGAAACAGAGGAGGUGCUUUUCUGUUCGUGGCAUUACACCAGCUGAAGGGUCAGUCCGGGGAAUAUACAGAUACACGCGCACGCACACACAUGCCUGCGCGCUCAGGAAGUACUCUGGCUGGUCCAAGCCCACUUUCCCUGCGCUUUUAGGGAAGGGAAGGAGCAACCCCAGCAGAGGAAGCGCCGGGAGGAAAAGCGAAGCGACCCCAGCGCUGGUCCUGCCAGUGGGGCAAAGAGGGACCCGUAGCGGGCGAGCAAGCUGGACGAGGGGACGAAGCAGUUCCAGGCACGUGUUCCCGUCCAGCAGGAGACAUGACACAGCAGCACUGACCUGACGGGACAGCCUGGUGCUGCCAGCGAUGGGUUGUGUGCAAUGCAAAAGGAAGAGGCCCAAUAAAAACCCCAGCAAUGGCGGCGACGGGAUGGCAAACCUGCAGCCCGGCUCCUGCUACGAUCCUGACCCCACCCCGCAGAACCCCACCAACACGUUCACGCGCAUCCCCGACUACAACAACUUCCAGGCAGGGACCUCGGGGCCUUCCACUCCGGCCUUCAUGGGGGGGUCCAGCCUGUAUCCCAGCUCCCUCCCCAUGUCUGGAGCCGGGAUUGCAGGUGGAGGAGUGACCCUGUUUGUUGCCUUGUACGAUUAUGAAGCCAGAACAGAGGAUGACCUCACGUUCAAGAAAGGAGAGAAAUUCCACAUAAUUAACAACAUGGAGGGUGACUGGUGGGAGGCAAGGUCUCUCAACACAGGAGCGACGGGCUACAUCCCUAGCAAUUACGUGGCACCCGUGGACUCCAUCCAGGCAGAAGAAUGGUACUUUGGGAAAAUUGGCCGCAAGGAUGCGGAGAGGCAGCUUCUGUGCCAUGGCAACCCCCGGGGAACUUUCCUCAUUCGCGAGAGCGAGACCACCAAAGGUGCCUACUCACUAUCCAUCCGGGACUGGGAUGAAGUGAAGGGCGACCACGUCAAGCAUUAUAAGAUCCGGAAGCUGGACAACGGCGGCUAUUACAUCACCACCCGGGCCCAGUUUGAGACGGUGCAGCAACUGGUCCAGCAUUAUAUAGAGAGAGCUGCAGGGCUGUGCUGCCGGCUGGCUGUGCCAUGUCACAAAGGGAUGCCCAAGCUGGCAGACCUGUCCGUCAAAACCAAAGACGUUUGGGAGAUCCCGCGCGAAUCGCUGCAGCUUAUCAAGAAACUGGGCAACGGGCAGUUUGGGGAAGUGUGGAUGGGGACCUGGAACGGCACCACGAAAGUCGCGGUGAAGACGCUGAAGCCAGGGACCAUGUCUCCGGAAGCCUUCCUGGAAGAGGCCCAGAUCAUGAAGCGCCUUCGGCAUGACAAGCUGGUGCAGCUGUACGCGGUGGUGUCAGAGGAGCCCAUCUACAUCGUCACUGAGUUCAUGAGCCAAGGGAGUUUGCUGGAUUUUUUGAAGGAUGGCGAUGGCCGGUUCCUGAAGUUACCUCAACUGGUAGACAUGGCAGCCCAGAUUGCAGCUGGAAUGGCGUACAUUGAGCGGAUGAACUACAUCCACCGGGACCUGCGUGCUGCCAACAUCCUUGUGGGCGACAACCUAGUGUGCAAGAUUGCUGACUUUGGCCUGGCCCGCCUCAUUGAGGACAAUGAAUACACAGCACGGCAAGGUGCCAAAUUCCCCAUCAAGUGGACGGCCCCAGAAGCUGCCCUUUAUGGCAAGUUCACCAUCAAGUCAGACGUGUGGUCCUUCGGCAUCCUCCUGACAGAGCUCGUGACCAAGGGGCGAGUCCCCUACCCAGGCAUGAACAAUCGGGAGGUGCUGGAGCAAGUGGAGAGGGGCUACCGCAUGCAAUGCCCCGGGAACUGCCCUCCGUCGCUGCACGAGCUGAUGGUGCAGUGCUGGAAGAAGGAGCCUGAGGAGCGCCCCACCUUUGAAUACCUCCAGUCCUUCCUUGAAGACUACUUCACCGCCACAGAGCCUCAGUACCAGCCGGGAGACAACCAAUAACUGUUGCUGCAGAUGCCAGCAGGGACCAUGGACAGCCCAUCCCCUGGGGCACUUUGGGACUUGGCUGUCCACAGAAACAGUCCUCUCCCUCCCUGGAGCAGGGGCCAAGGAUCCCUUUUUGUACAAGUGGGGUUGGACUCCUAUUUCCUUCUCUCUCUCUCUCUCUCUCUCUCUCUCUCUCUCUCUCUCUCUCUUCCCCGCUUCCCUUUUUUUUACAAUUCCACACCGAGAUUUUUUAAUUGUGAUUUUGUGUUUUAAAGUUCUGCUUCUUCUUGGGCGACUGCCGUGCUGAUUUUUUGGAGUUAAGAAGAGGACUGUGAGCCAGGGGCUCGGGUUAGCAAAGGGAGAGAGUGGGUUUUGUACAGUACAUCCUUGCUUAAUAAAGUUUCCUUUCCCCAACCCUCCCCUCCCUUUCCCUCCUAUAUUGUUUUGGAACAUGAUAGUGCUCUUUGGACAAUAAACAACCCUCUCUUCCCUU